AUGCACAGUUAACCACUAAUUAAAAUUGAAGUUGACCAUAAACCAAAAAUGAUGUUGCAAUUACCUGAUUAACUGAACCUUAGAAUCUAGCAAUCCUUUAGUGAAAUUCCAAAAAAAAAUAGAAAAUCAAGUUAAGUAAGUUUGAACAGUUUAGAGGUUUCUCCUAAAAUUACAAAAAUGAAUUAAAAUAAAAAAGAUCAAAAAAAAUAUAAAGAUCUUUCAGAGUUAUAAAAGAGUCAUUGUCAAUUUAAAAAAUCACUUAAUAAAGUAAAGAAAUCGCACUUAGGUGACAAUAAUUGUGAGAUCAAUACAAUUCAUCCAAACUCAUCCUUCUACUUAAAUGGGGUCAAAUUACCUUACAGUUUGUACAUUAUCAACAAGAAUCGUUAAAUGGCCAUUGCUAAUUUAAUAAAUCAAGCAAAUCCACAUGCUUAUGAGUAAUCGUAACAGUAAAUCUAAAUGAUUGACAACUAAAUCAAAUAAGUUCGGAUCGAAAAUCAGAGCAAAUAAAAAUUGAAGGACUACAGAAGUCGAUCUUACUUGCAAAAUGCUUAUUAUUCAAUGUUAUGUGUGAACUCUGAUUCCAAGAAGAGGUUGAAGAAGAUCAUACAUCGGCAAUUCCCUUAAGAGUCUCGUUUCUAGCAGUUAUGA